UGACGAGUUGAAGGAGUAUUUAGGAAAAGCAGCAGCCCUGUCGCCUGACCAUCCAGUUGUUAUCAGCAAGUUUAUCAUGCAAGCCAAGGAGAUUGAUGUAGACGCUGUAGCGUGUAACGGGGAGGUGCUAGUAAUGGCUAUCUCAGAGCACGUGGAGAAUGCAGGAGUACAUUCCGGGGACGCCACUCUUAUCUGCCCACCACAGGAUAUGAACGAAGAGACUCUGUUGAAGAUAAGGAAGGUGUGCAGAGCAGUGGGUCACGCCCUACAAGUAUCAGGCCCCUUCAACCUGCAGAUAAUAGCUAAAGAGAACAACCUGAAGGUUAUAGAGUGCAACGUGCGAGUGUCUCGCUCCUUCCCAUUCGUGUCCAAGACCCUGGAGGUGGACUUUGUAGCUCUCGCUACUAAAGUGAUACUGGGGUUACCUUGUGAGCCCAUUACCCCUGAUCCCAUGACUGAUUCUCGGAGGAUUGGAAUUAAGGUAGCCCAGUUCUCCUUCUCCCGCCUAUCAGGAGCUGAUGCUCUAUUAGGAGUCGACAUGGCCUCCACUGGAGAGGUAGCUGCUUUUGGGUACGAUCUCUACUCAGCUUACUUGAAAGCAAUGGUCAGCUCCGGGUUCAAACUACCCAAGAAGUACAUCUUACUGUCUAUUGGUAGUUAUAAGGGUAAGCAGGAGAUGCUGGACAGUGUUAAGUUGUUGCACAAUAUGGGCUACACUCUCUACGGAUCGUCUGGUACUGCUGACUACUACAACGAGCACGGGAUUACCAUUACCUCCAUCUCGUGGCCGUUCAAUGAGAACGGUGAGGCUAGCUCCAGCGACACACCCAGUAUUGGGGACUACAUGUCCUCUCAGCACUUCGACCUUGUCAUCAACCUUCCACUGGCUCACAAUGUGUACAGCAGCUACAGUAGACAGAAGAAGAGUAAAUCGUACGGUUAUUUAACAAGACGAAUGGCUAUUGAUUUUGCUAUUCCUCUCAUCACGGAUAUCAAAGUCGCCAAAUUGUUUGUUAUGGCGGUGUACAAAUGCAGAGGACCGCCUCCUUUGUCGCUGUGUGACAUCCUCUCCACACGCAAGACCAUCACCCUCCCCGGUCUAAUAGACGUGCACGUGCACCUGCGCGACCCCGGGGCUACCCACAAAGAGACGUUCACAACAGGCACCUCCGCCGCGCUGGCUGGUGGUGUGACUAUGGUGUGUGCUAUGCCUAAUACUAACCCGCCCAUUGUAGACAAGGAGUCGUUCGAGCUGGCUAGUAAGAUAGCUACUAGUGGGGCGGUGUGCGAUUAUGCACUGUUCGUGGGGGCUAGUCUGACUAAUUGGGGCGAGGUGUGCGAGUUAGCGCCGCAAGCUGCUGCUCUGAAGAUGUACUUGUGCGACACCUUCACUACUCUGAGACUGGACGACAAUACUGUCUGGUUGAAACAUCUACAGAACUGGCCCGCACAGUACCCGCUGUGUAUCCACGCUGAACAAGCUGAACACACGUGCAGUUUACCAGCUAUAUUGUUCCUGGUAUCUGUUGCUAGGCGACCAGUGCAUAUCUGUCACGUGUCUAAACGUGUAGAGCUGGAACUCGUCAUCACUGCUAAACAAGCUGGAUUGCCGGUUACCUGUGAAGUGUCUCCCCACCACCUGUUCCUGACCAAUCAGAGCACAGUACUCAACUCUGCUGUAAGACCUGCUUUGGGCACCGACGAGGACAGGCAAUUCCUGUGGGAUAAUCUCAAGUUCAUUGACAUAUUCGCUACUGAUCACGGUUAGUAAUCUUUCCUCUUUGAGUGUAUUGUUUAUUAAAUACUUUUAAAAUUUUACAGC